UUUGCGUGGUUACGUCUUACCCUCUGAACUCCCCGUUAGCCACAAACCAAGAUGGCUGAGGUGGAUUUUGGAGACAGCGAGCUGUUUCAGCAACUCGACGAGGAAAGGCCUGUAGCAACCCACAUAAGGUUUGAGUCAGAAGAAGAAGCUCCAGGAGAAAUUCAAGAGCUUCGGGAGAGGUUGGAAGAGUGCGAAGAGACGAUAAGCCGCCUAAACGCAGAGAAUGAAGAACUGAGGAAGAAAUUGAAAACCCUGACGCGACCGAGUGGUUUAAAAGUGGACAACACAAGAAUCGAUGGACCACUCCUUCAUGUCUUGUAUGGAAACAAUAAUAUAUCCAAGGAAUGUCGCCAGGAGAUUGAAGACAGCAUCUGCAGUCUUAUUCAGAAACACCAGCAGCAGCAAGGCCAGCAAGCCUCUGGCCAGCAAGCCUCCUCUUAUGUGCCGCCUCAGACAUCAAGUUUUUUUCUGGAGGAUGACCAGAAGGAUAAAACCUCUGACACAAUCAAAAAAAUUAAGGAAGCCUUCAGUGUGGUUGGGAGUGUGCUGUAUUUCACAAGCUUCUGUCUGGACAAACUUGGCCAACCUCUACUUAAUGAAAACCCUCAGUUGACGGAUGGAUGGGAGGUUCCAAAAUACCCACAAGUCUUCAGCAACGUCAUAACACUAGACGGACAGGGAGUUCAAGUGAAGGAAAAAAGGCCCAAGCCUUGUUGUUUUAACUGUGGAGAAGAGGACCAUCAGCUAAGAGACUGUCCAAAGCCCAAGGAUAACGCCCGCAUUAAUGAGAAGAGGAAAGAAUUCUCUCAGGGCAACAACAAUGUGAGCAGUCAGCGUUAUCACUUUGAGGAAGUGGAAGAACGCUUUAACAAAUACAAAGCAGGUGUAGUCAGCCAGGAGCUCUCGGAUGCCCUUGGAGUGUCGUUAAACAAGGUACCACCCUUCGUAUAUCGUAUGAGAGAGUUGGGUUACCCCCCUGGCUGGCUCAAGGAAGCAGAAGAUGAGAAUUCUGGACUCAUGCUCUAUGAUGGCAGUGCUAGUGAUGAAGUUCUAGAGGAAGAAAAUGGCCACAGCAUAAAACUUUCGUAUGACCUCUCCAAGCUGGUUGAUUUCCCAGGCUUCAAUGUGGGCCUGCCACCCCAUGUAAAGGAUGAAUACAGGGCAUAUGGCUCCAUCCCAAUGCAGUAUCAGCACUUGAAGCAAAAUUUUGCCGCCUAUCUGUCCACCAAUUAUCCAACGUCUGGAUCCAGUAAUAUUAAGAGGCCUCAUGAGUCUGAAUCAACUCCGCGGCAACCAAAGAAACGCCGGUCCAAUCCUGACUCCUCCAGGUGUUCAGAUAUGGACCUUGAUUCAGGUAAAGAGGACCAGGGUUCGCCUCGCCCUUCUUGGACUCCCGAUGGAUUCCAGUUCCAGCCACCACUGCCUCCCAACUCGCCCUCUUUUAGUAGCCCGCCACCAUUGCCCCCUGGCACUCCUCCAGUCACUCCCACACAGCCACCCCUGCCCAAGGGCACUCCACCCACUAAUGGCUCCCCUGCGAUAGAAAGGGAGGAGUCUGAGGACGGGCUGACUCUGGAGGAGCUGGAGGAACAGCAGCGUCUUCUCUGGGCUGCUCUUGAGAAGGCAGACACGGCCACCAACAGUGACUCUGAAACAGCAGCCACAGGGACCCCUGUACCCAGCUCCCCCAGUGUCUCCACCCCAGCAAGGCCAGAUGCUGAGAUGGAGGAGGACGAGGAGGAGGUGCUGGAGGCUGUGGAGAUUUCCAGCCGGAACGGCAAAGACGCCGCUGCCGCCUCCCCUAACAAAGCUCAGGUCACAGAAGCAGAUGAAGAGCCCAGUGCUGAAGAGGUCCCUGUUGUUGAUAAAGAUGUAGACGAUGUUGAAAUGGUGGAAGUUUGUGGUGGUGAUGGUGUGGAUGAUGAUGAUGAUGAUGAUGAUGGUGAAGGAGGGGGUGGUGGUGAAGAGGAAGCACCACAGAGGGCAGAGCAGGCUACCCCUCAGUCACCCACUGAUGAAGGGGUUGGUGAAGAGGAAGCUCCACAGAGGGCAGGGCAGGCUACCCCUCAGUCACCCACUGAUGAAGGGGUUGGUGAAGAGGAAGCUCCACAGAGGGCAGGGCAGGCUACCCCUCAGUCACCCACUGAUGAAGCCACUGAUGAGCCUGAGUUUAAGAAGGUGAUGGCUGUGCCACAUCGCAGCAAUUUUGCCUCUAACAUCGUCCCCUUUGAGGACACGCCUGAGUAUAAAGAUGUCGCAGAAGCUACAGGGACCUAUCUGAAGAUACGGGACUUGCUUAAAUGUUCACCUCGUAAUCAGGCUAAGAACAAGAAGUGAACCGGCACAUUUGGUGUUGCCCUAUCAAGUGAACUCAACUUGAAUGUUCAUUUGCAGUUGAAUUCGACCUCUCCAAGCUCGAAUGAUGUGGAAGGAACUUCCCGCUCUUAGCAACUCUAAUUCAUUUUUGAAUUAAUUGUGUUUUUUAGUGCACAGGGACCAGCUAGUCAAUGUUUGAAGUUCAAGAACAAGGGCAUUGUGAUAUUUACUUUCACUCUUCACGUUUUGAACCGUCUCGUUAAUUUUAAGGUGUUUGAGUGUUUCAGAGGUGUCUUCUGACAUCCUCCACUUUUAUUCAACACGCAGAUCAAUUGAAUUAGCCUUUCUUUUUUGGCUAAAUGUCAGGUUUUCAGUUUCCUGUAAUCUGGCAUGUGUUUCAGGUGUUUUACUUGGCCUACAUUUUUUUUUGUGUGGAAUAUCUUUGCUCCAUCAGCACUAAAUGUCUAAUAGGAGACAUAGGGAUGGAAACAUUUCUGUUCCUUAUUUUAGGUCUUUUAGAUUUUAUAUAUUGUCUUUUCAUACGCCUGGAGUGAUUUAAGUGGUCUCAUCUCAGACAGCAGUGACUGUACAUAGUAAUGCUGAACAGUGGAAGAGGGCCAGAAAUGUGUGUUCUGUUUGGGAAAUGUAUGUAAAAUCGUAACCAUGUAAGAUAUUUUUUUAAUUGGUUCUUUAGACUAUUCCCUUUUACAGGUUUUAUGAUCUUCCACAAACUGAUAAUGAACACAUAAAAAGCGGCUUUUGUAUUUUGUUUCUGCACACCGGGUCACACAUCUCCUCCUCGACACACACACACAGUGAAUAGAGUUGCUUAUAUGAAAGCAUGAUCUGUGGUCUGAGUGUUUAAUAAGCAGACCCUCCAGCCAAGUCAUGACACUGCUUUGACCAAGACCUCAGGGCAGCACCUAUUUGCCCAUCACUAAUCCAGACUCUUUGGCUCAUUAUAUCAAUUUGAAAAUAAAACCUGGAAACUACCAAUCA